GUGCGUUGCCUUGAGCAAUCCUUGUCUAGCGUUUCGAUUCUCUUUAAAUUUCGCCUGUACAUAUAUAUGUAAUAAGAUUUAAAUGAGACAGUCCGCUAAAUGAUUCUGAUAUUCAAUUCACUACAAUUCUAUGCAUUACGCACGAGUCGCUCUUUCAAACUUUCGGUGGGUAUUUUCUCCAAAGCAACUCUUCUUUUCAACAGCUCGGCGAUGCGACAGUCAAUCGCAGGUUUUGUGUAGUCCCGAGCUGCAAAAUACGCAGUUACGUGCGCCAUUAUCUUCAAACGUGACAGAAAAUUGUGUCACGCUCGAUGCUAAGUGAGCAUCGAAGAAUCUGCGAAAAUGUCAACGAAAAAGAAAACACUGCUUUUAUUGAAUGUAUCAGCAGAUGUACCUGCGUGUGUAGAAAUUAUACAAAAUUAUAGGUUCAGAGUGAGAAUUUUAGGUGACGUUGAGAGUUAAGAACAUUCUUGAGAUCAUUGAAGAAUCGCAGCUUACGUCAACACAAGUUUCGCAAAUACGCAAUUUAAAAUCUCGUUCGGCGUGCGUUCAAAACGACGCGCAUGCGCAGUGUCAGUCACUGUGCACAUGCACANUUUCCUACUUCACUUUCCUAUUCAGAAUGUUCGAUUCAGUUGCUUUAAGAAUGAAGAUGUUGUCAGUAGAUUUACGUUAUAUUUUUCAAUUUUCUUUGCUAUUUAUGUCUUAUUUAUGUCUUUUUACACAUGUUAAAUGCAUAGGUUAAAGUUAAUAAUUAUCCACAAUAUUUUACUUUUGAUCUAUAAGUUUUACUUUAUCACUUUUCAGAUAAACUUUUGCAUUCUUAAACACUAUAAGUGGAUGAAUAUUAAUUUUUUCUUAUUAUUAUGACUUUUACUUCUUUUACCAAUAUACUUGGUAUACGUAUUCAAUGAAUUGCUGGAAUGAAAAGUAAAUUAUUCAAGGAUUUUACAUUCGUAUGAUUUUAUCAAACUUACAAGAGUAUGUGGAAUGUAUUGAAUUGUAAUUCACAAUGUUCAAAUUGGAAUCAUAUAUAACACCGGUGAUCCUCAGUUAUGUUGAAAAAUAUGUGAAAAAUUUUAAACCAGAACAAUCUCAGGUUUCUUUAUGGGGUGGUGAUGCAUCAUUUCAAAAUCUUGAUCUAAGGCUAGAAGUUUUGGAAGAGCAGCUGAAUCUUCCCUUUGUUUUUGUUAGUGGUCAUAUACAUGAAUUACUUAUUCAUGUUCCUUGGGUAAAAAUUACUUCAGAGCCAAUUGUAAUUACCAUUAAUACAAUAGGGAAGAAACUCCUCCUGGAUACAUAAAAAGCAUAGUAACAAAAGUUGUAAAUAACAUAACAAUUAAUUGUAAUAAUUUAAUUCUAAAGUACGUGGAAGAAGAUAUUGUUCUUAGUGUCAAUGUCAGAUUUUUAAGCAUGCAAACUGUUGAUAACAAAUGGGAACCAGCAUUUACUGAUGUUAAUGCAUAUGAAGUUUUGCUUAGAAAAGUUAUUACUAUUCAAGAUCUAACAUUAUGUUUAGAUAAAAUGGAUGCAUCUGGAAAAAUAGAAAUAUACCAGGAUCCUGUUCUAUAUCGAUGUUCGGUUAUAAUACGUUUAAUUAUAAACUAUCACAGUAAUACUGCAAGGAAAGCUUCUAUUACACGAUUAGACCUUCAUUGUCAAAAAAUGGAAUUCAGUAUAACGGAACAACAAGUACCAAUGUUGCUUAGAUUAGCUGCCUUGAUAAUGGCUUUACAAACAAAGCAAUUUCCAAUUAGUAAAGAAAAAUCAUUAAUUUCUGCAGAAGAAAGAGAAGAUAGUAUACAAGAUGAUACAGAUCAUGCGAUUGGAACAGCUACAGACAGUACAGGAUGGGGUGGAUGGGCUUGGAACAUGAUGUCAUCUCUGUUACCUAUUGAAUGGGAUAAUGACUGGUCUACAGAGCAGCAAAUGGCUUAUUCUGGACAUACCAUUCAUUUAGGCAUAUAUGUACAAGAUGCAACUUUAACUUUUAAGACAGUCGAAAAUGUUAAGGAACAAUUGUUUUAUAAAUCUCGCAAGCUUCGAUAUAAAUCGUUUCUAACGUUGCGAUUAAAUGGUGUAGUAGUUGAUACAUUGCUUCAAGGAAUUGCAAUGACCAGUUUUCAAAUUGGAAUGGGCUACAUACGCAUAUAUCCAAGAGGAAGUUGUAGCUGUGGUCAUCUUGAAGUAGUUGAUGGAGCACAACCACCUUUGUAUUUAGUAGCUGGCAAGAUUAAUACUCGGUACUUAAAAGAUUCAUUAUUUGAUGAUGAAUCAGUGGAGAAUAAAGGAAAAAAGCGGGAGUACAAGCAAGGGAUAUAUUACUAUUUAUGCACAGCUUCAGAGGAGAAACUAAUAGAACGAUGUCCCGCGUUCUCCAUGGAUUACGUUCAUUGCGUCGAAUUGCCAGACGAUAUAACACCUGAAAAACUGGCAGAGUUUGGAUCUAAUUUUGAAUAUAGUAAUUUCCGCGAACGUAGAGUAAUGAGAUAUAUUAUAGGUGAUUUAACUAUUAGAUUAUGUUCCGGUGUUUUUCACCGUAUCGAAACAAUAAAACAAGCUGCCGCAAACUAUGAUUACAAUCCAUAUCUCGUUACGAAACCAGAUCCACUUGUGGAUGAACUCCCUCCAGUUACAUUGGAAGAAUACGAAGCACUAAGAGAAAAUGUAUCCAUGGUUGAGACAAAAUUAAUAGUAGUUAAAGCAUCGCUUCAAUUGCAAUUGGCGGAUCAUUCUAUUACUGGACUUCCACGACAACGAAAAAUAGUUGAAAGUCGAACGACGCCUUUAACACCUGCUCUUACAGACGAUCCUUUUAUGAGCAUUGAAUGUGACGAAGCAAUAGUAACUAUGCUUCAACCUUUAUACCCGUUUAGACUUGCAGCUUGUGCAUCCAAACAAACCGAUCUUCCAAUUGAAAUGUUUAAUCAGUGCCAUAAGAUCAUUACAUUGCAGGUAAAUGGAGCAAGAAGUCAACUUUAUUUGACGAAAGAUUGUCACACAUCAAUAAUAAUGCCUUACUCUGUUGAAUGUAACAUAAAAAAAUUAUUGUACCCACAAUAUUGGAAAAAUGUCGAUGUAAUACAUGAAACAUACGCGGCGCAUAUUGACAGUGUUACAGUUACCGGAACAAAGGCGAAGUUAAUGGCUGCUGUAUCUAUCUUGACAUCAAUUUUUGACUCUAAUGAUACAACGAAUCCUCUUGUCUGUUCCUCAUUAUUUAGCGACGCUUGUCAAGAAAUAAAUCCUGUAUAUCUGGAAUUGUUACUGGAAAAUAUAAAUUGCAAAAAGUUAUCAUCUUUGGUUACGAUAUCAAAUGAAUUAAAUAUAAGCUCGGUAAAAAUGUUUGCUCUUAACGAGUCACAGCAAGCCUUUAUAUUCUCAGGGCCAGAAAGUAAUAUUUACGGCGACGUAGAAAACAAAUCACUAAUAACGAUUGUAAUACAGUUUCCACAAAAUAUUGAAAGACAAACGCAUCCACCUCUGAUUUCGCUUCAGAUGGCAGAUAUCAGGGCUUCGCUUGAUCCGUUACUUUUCAAGUGGUUGGAAUAUCGUGUUACGUAUUAUAACCUGGGUACGUUGUGUAUAACUCGACCCGAAGUCCAACAACUUGAAGGGGCGUCUUCAGAUACUGGUACGAAGAAAAAGACAUUCCCCAGUUUACACGAGAGUGUACACAGCUCGUCAGACAAGGAAAAACGAAAGUCCGUAAUAGCUACGGAAAAAUCGAAAACUUUACAAAAUGAUGAGAUACGAAAGAAACAUGAUUCUAAGUCCGAAAAUGAGAAACAGAACUUACAGAAUUUGGGAAUAUUGGCCAGAUUAGCAGAACUGUAUCCAUGGUGGUGUGGUCUUGUAUUAAGUGGAUGUGUUGGACAUAUUGUUAUUUACAUACCAUCGAUCACAAUGAGUGGUAUUGGUGCAUAUGGUAUCGAGGAAGCCAAGGACAGAGCAUUAAAAAACGAUAAUAAAUUACAAAUACUGAUAAUAAAAUUACCUUCUCUUCUUAUUCACUCGUCUAAUACAAGUUUCGAAUUACUUUCACCGUAUCUUCAGGAAUUACCUGUUAAAUUACCGAAAUCAGUAUGGACGAAUAAAUUGCAAAGUUUCCCAUGGACAUUGAGCCUUGUUGACUUCCAUUGUUAUAUGUUACAAGAGCAUACACAGAAGAACUUUAUUAAAAAAGUAUCGAUAAAUGCUACAGUUGCUCUUACAACUAAGGUCGUAACAUCCCCGUCUGGAGGAAGUACAUUAGCUGCUUUAGGUGUUUGUGUUCAUAUUGAUAAUUCUCCAAUUAUUGUUUCGAUUUCUGAAGAACAGGUAGUUUUCACGAGUAAAAUAAUCUCAAAUAUUUUAAACGUACUGCGAGUUGCUGCCAAUAAUAACAAAAGUAUUAUAGCUAGUACUCAAAUAAGUACUGAAGCACAAGUAGUUCUUCCUAUUAUACCACAGACUCCAUCUACACCAACACAAUUAUUAUAUCCCGAAGAUACAACUACAAAUUCGACCCUUUCAACAUCAAAAGAUGAUAGUACACCGGACUCAGAAGAACUAGUUUUGACAGCAUGGAUUCAGUGGACCAUAACGAAAAUUGCGAUUAAAUUGUACGUGACAGAGAAAGAGACUUUAUCUUCAUUAAAAUUGAUACUUGAACUGGAAGAUAUCAUUACCUCUUUAGAUUUACAACCUGUUUAUUUCAAGCUAAAAAAUAAAGUUACAACGGCCACUAUAUUUCAUUAUACAAGAGCACCGAAUUCACCUACUUGGGAUAUCGGUGAAUACGUGGGUGCGGUUCUUUGUGGAAGAGAGGACAAUUUAGAGAAAGGUGAUGAUUCUGGCUUUUUAAGUUUCACCCUUACUAGAGCAAAAUCAGGAAACGUUCACACACGAUGGGGCACCUACAAACGACACAAAAGUCAAAAGUUUCAGAAAGACGUAAUAACAGAAACAACAUUAUCUGCUAGUAGUUAUAUAUCUGAGAUAGUUAUAAAAAUACAAAUGGUGGAUAUAAUCUUACCUCUUACUAUAGUUAGUAAAUAUAUGGAAUUGGCAAAACCUUUUAUGGGUCUCUAUCAACCUAUUGACAAAGAUACAAUCGAAAUUUCCGAACAAAGUAUAACCACAUGCUUAAGUAGCAUUACCAGUCUUGAUAAUGAAAUGUUACCAUUAAUAUACCUGGACUUUAAGGGACUUAGAUUAAUGCUACCAGUUUCAAAUAUAACGAAAUUAAAACCGCAGCAUGAUCUACUAAUGAUUCAAUUAGAUGGAGUCCGUAUCACACCCCAUGCAGAAAAUCCAAUUUGUAGAACCCCUUUGAGAUUAGACAUAUAUCAACUCGCAGCUCAAGCAAAUAUUUUAAGUAUACCUGGUUCUGCUGUGGAAGAUCGACAAUAUCAGAUUAAUAUAAAGAAUAUAUGUGCCCACACAACCACCUGGAAGAAUUAUCAAAUGACUAUAAAUAAGAAAAUGUCUCAAUCAUAUUUAUAUACUAUGAACGAAAAUCCUGCAUUAGAAUGGAAUAAACUUGGACAUGGAAGUAGUUUAGAGCGACAAUUCUCCACGCUUCCUCUUUUGUCAAAAUUCGAUUUGUGCUUGAUCAUUGCUCCGCCUGUUUUAUUUAAGCCAGAUGUCACGGUAUGUGGAAGUGCAGUUGAAGUGAACUGUAUCACAGAUAUCGAAGUAACAAUAAAUUUGGACCAGAUUCAGUUGAUUUCUAUAUUAAAUAACGAACUAAAGAACUUAUUCUUUGGAAAUUUCGAACGAGACAAAAGUACAAAUACAUACAUUAGCACAUCACAGAGGCCUCUUUCAACUGUGGGGAAUAUUAAACAAAUUACCUGGACAAAACAAUCUUCUGAUGACAUAUCGCCAGAUGUCGAUGCCACCAAGGACAGCGGCAUAGAUUUUGAAACGUCUAGCAUAAAUUCAACAAUUAUUGGCAGGCCUAUCUCUGCGGAUACUUCGAUACUUUUACCAUUCGAAUUUCUAGUGAACUGUGGAAAAAUAACUUUUGUACUUUAUGAUAUUCAUCCAGCAGUUACAGAGUAUGAAGUUGACAUAAAUGAAGUUGAAGAGGAUGAGGGUGAGAGUCAAAAACAACCCCUCCUUUACACGAUGGUCAAUCAGCCAAAUAUUUAUUUUUCGCAACAGCAUCCAUUACAAAAAGUACAAGUAUCUUGUUUCGAUAUAACAAUGGCACUUGGUGAUAAAGAUAAUCCGGAAUUAAUUUCAAUACCAAGAGAAAAGGAUUUCAAAGUUUUUAUGAUUGAAACAAAAAACGGAGACUUACAUCCGGACACAGGCAUUCCCCCAUCCUUCAUAACAAUGAAAUAUGAAAAAACUAUAGGAAAGAAUCCACAGUUUCUUAUAGACGUUGGUAGACCCACAAAAAUUUAUUUCUCUUUAUCGAGGCUGAAUCAAAUAUAUAUUAUAAGAAAUAAGAUAUUAUCAUGCUUUAUAAAACAACAUGAAACAAUGUCAGAACAAGGUGAUAACGUGAAAAAAUCUUCAACAAUGAAAUCGAAAAAGAUAAAUUGGCCUGACAUGAAUAUAUGUACAAAACAAAUUGUAGUAUCCUUGAAGACUGAUUCUGGAGCCGAAAUAAUAGCCAGUUUAGCUUCUUUAUCCGGAAAUAUUUCAUCUCUUCUUAGACCUGAUAGAAUAUAUUCUAACACGUCUGUAGACUCUUUUAUCAUAUCGGCGAUUCUUAAUGGAAAUAUAAAAGUGCUCUUGAACCCAUGGUGCUGCAACAUUACCAUAUGCUUGCUUUGGGAGACCUGGUUGAAUGUCGAGUCUAUUCCUCAAAUACAAGUACAGGCAGACAGUGACAGUCUUUAUUUGGAUUUCGGACCAGAACAGAUGAAAAUUAUAAAAAAUGUUAUGGAAGAUGUCCAACUGCUAUUGAAUGAAUUGACAAGAUCGUCUUCAAGGUGCAAAACUAACGAGAAGCAAAUUGUUCUGUCAACUGAGCAACAUUAUAAGGACGAUCUCAAAGCAGGUGCAUUCCAAUUUGUAAAUGGAAAUGCAGAUGAACUACCUUUUCCGUAUCAAACACUGGAUUCUGACAGUGGAUACAUUGACAAAGUACUGUGCGCUCUUGAAUAUUGGAGCGACUGUCACAUGUCCUAUCAGCGAUACGCUGACUUCUAUUUAUCAGAAACAGAUUCCUAUCGUUUGGAGCUUCCUGAGAAGGCGCCAGCAAGGGCAGUGGCUUGCAUAUGGCGCGUAGUUCUGCUAUCAAACAACAAUCGACCUUUCUCUAAAACCAUAAUCUCGGCCCGUGUUCUAGCCGCCUGUUUGCGCAUCGAUUCUUACUUCAAUUCCUCGAUUAUACCAAACAUACAGGCGGCGCUCAAUAUUGGCACUAUACACUUGUCAAUGUACAAUCAUGUUAGUACUGUUACGUAUAACAAUUUACAGCCUCCAUUGAAGAAUUACGCUUUAAAGGGCACGGUGCCUGAAACUCAAUGUUUCAUGACCCUGGAACAUAAAGGAGCCAUACUUGUACUUAAUAGAUGGAUUAACGGUUCAAUGUUGAUUGACAUUAGCGGGACAUUUGGAGUGCACAUACUGGAUUACAGUCAUUUAACGAUGCAGGAAAUAUUAGAUCCCCUAGAGGCGAGGCUUCAAUUGUCGUUGUCCGACAAAACUGACAUAUCUUUCACGUGCAGUCCAUUUGCGUUGAAGUUGAGCCCGACGAUAGCUCAUACGCUUGCAGUUUCGAUACACCUGUGGUAUUCGUCCUUGGAAGAAGAAAGUAAAGCCACAAUUUUAUUCGCACGCUACGUGGUGGCUAACGACAGCAAUGUGCCUAUACUUUUUGGCCAGAGUGGUACAGGGGACAAUAUAUUGUUGGAAAGUAGGCAGUGCAUCUUUUAUUCCUGGAGAAACGUCGGCAACAAAAUGUUACGGAUAGCGAUAGAGGAAAAUAUUUGGCUGUGGAGCAAACCAUUUCCCGUCGGCGCUGAUGGAAUCCAAGCCGUCGAGUUCAGCAAUUCUGUCGCAAAAGCGUCAGCAUUUGUAAGCGUCACGUCGCUCUCUGCUACGCAGAAGCUUGUAACAUUCUCCGGCCAGCUUGUGAUUUCAAAUCAAUUGAUCGACAAUUUCGAAAUGAAGUUGGUUAAAUACGAAGCUGAUGUGGGAUCGAAGGUGACCGUGCUGAAAGAUAUAUAUCCUGUCUCUGGCAAAACUCGGCCGCCCUCGGUUAUACUUGAUGGUAACAGAAAGAUGGCCAUACGUCUGCGAUUUACCAAUGUUCCAAAUUUAUCUUGGACGGGGGACAUUCCACUUCAGCCUAAUGCGAAAUGGGGCCAACCGUGGCUCGUUAAAGUCCCACUGCAAGAACGUGGACAAUUUCUCAGCAUCUGGGUACGAAUAAUAACGCAAACAAUACAGGACAAAGUAAAAGUUCUGGCUGUGCUCAGUCCACUUUACAUGAUCCGCUCGCAUUUACCAGUGCCAGCCAGAGUACAAAUGGAUACACCCUCGUUGAAAAUAUCCUUGAGCACGAUGGUGAACGGUCGUGGUGAAGGACAGCAACUUUAUUGCCCCGGAACGUUCGAGCAUUUCCAUCAGCUGACGUUCCAACUUGAGACCGGGGUUUCUACGUCCAAUCCGUACGUGCCAUUGUCAUACAGCUCUGUGGAUCAGAGGAAGUUCUUUAGAAGGCCGGAAGUCGAAGACAUUGAUAGCAUCCUGCAGGAUCUCGAGACUGGGAAAGAUGAAACGGAAUGGCCGUUCCAAGGGGACGAGGUUGAAGAGUGGAUAUCCGCUGAACAGCCGCAGACACACGUACAAGUGAAAUACCAAGAUGCUGGAUUAGUUUCCAGCACUCUGCUGCUAGAGUUGCAACCUUGGUGCUUCAUAUUGAACUCUAUGGGCUGCCACUUGUCUCUCGUGUCAGAGGACAUUGAACUCUGCCAGAUACCUCACUACGGAAUCGUAACGCCGCCAAAACUGGAAGGUACAUUUCACUUGUGCGUAGGUGUCGGUGACACGUUCUACACGUCCCAAGCGUUGCAGCUAGCCCGGCCUGAUUGGAGCCAAAGCUUCUACAUGCCACGAAUCGGUGGCCUCAUCCCUGUUGAGGGGAACAUCAAGUCGUGCGUCGACUGUGGUUCAAGCGUUUCAAUCAUGAGUAUCAAUUCAAGUAUGCACGAGGAUAUGCGUCUUGUGCGUGUGAUGAGUAGCCAUGUUAUUAGUAACUUAACGUCUCAGGAGUUGUGCGUAGCAACAUUGGCUGUGCAUGAGGAUGCAACCAGACUCGAACUGCCUAAUGACCUUACUCCUUACAGCCUUAAUAUCUCGCCAUCCGAAGACCAAAAGCAAGGCAUUCCGAUUACACAAUGGUACACAUUAUAUAUGGAAGAUAUCAUAGAGCCACUUGUGCUCUAUGUAUCAUUGAGCAUAGGCCACAAAUGGUCGUGUCCGAUUCGAGUUGACCAGGGUAUGAGCCGUAAAUGCGUCGCUGUUCCAAAUGGUUCUAACACUAUGCCAGUAGUCAUCACAAUGCAGGAAGACAAGGGUACCAUGUACAUAAUGAUUCAUAUGGAUCAUCACCCUCAGUUGUUGAUUGAGAACACCUGCGCUUUCAAAGUUUUAUUAGGCCAAGCUAACGAAACGACAGAGGCAAUAAUACCAGACGCCUCGCAUUUUACAUGGAUUUGUGAAAUAGAAAGUAACGCAACGAGUCAUUAUUCCAUUCCAGCUGUGAGCAACAGGCUACCUGAUGCACCGCUUGCUAACACAUCAAACAUACUGCUGUUCUCUGCUGUGACAAGCAGUCACAGCGAAUCACAGGCCAUCAGAGGUAAGGAAUUGCGAUGGUCGAGAGGUAUAAAUUUAUUCGCCAUAUCAAGCACACCAGUGGAUCAGUAUGUACGGCUACCAUCUUAUGGCGAUGUGAAGUUAAUCAUGCAGAAUCGUUGUUACACCACCUACAUCAGUGUCGUUCCGAUAUCUCAAGUAGAAGUAUCCGCAAGGGACAUCCGGACUCGACUUCUGCAAAAAGAGAACGAGACGAAGGAUUUGGUAACGAUGCGUGAUAAGUUCACCUCUGAUCCGGACGAUCAACCAAUUAUAAAUCUACAAAGCUCUGAAAGCUCGACGUCGGUGACAACCUUCUUCUCCGCUCAGGACGAAACUCUAACUACAGAAACUAAAACUGCUUCGCAGCUGAAUUUAAAGCAGAUAAUAACAGAUAUGGAAAAUGUAAAGGCCAAUGCAAAUGACGAUACAAAGGAGGAGGAGAAUAAUUCCAAAGAAGGAUCUGCGACCAUUUGCCUUCAAGGGAUCACCAUCAUCAUUAUGCAUGAUAUGAAUGAAAAUGCUCAAAGAAUCGAAGUGGCCAGCUUAUCCAUGACUGAUGUUAUAAUCGCCAUUAAUGCAAGAUCCAGAAUUGUAAAUUUACGUGCUUUCAUAGGAGAUCUACAAUUAGAUAACCAACUAUUUGAUCAAGGUGGCUUUGAUUUUCCAGUAGUACUGAUCAGCCAAAGUCCACUUACAAUGAAGGAAACAGCAUUUUAUACGAGCAGUUGUUUAAUAAAUAAAAUAGAACAAAUAAGAGAAAAUUCAUUAAUUGCGAUUGAUUAUAUGUUAGAAAAUCAAGGACAAUUAAGAGCAUCAAAAGACCUACAUAUGAAAAUUGCACCAAUUAGUGCCUAUAUUGAAGAUACAUACAUAACUCAAUUACUAAAUUACGCAACUUCAAUGGUACCACCUCGAUUUCUGAUACCAGACGAUGUGAAAAAGACAAGAACGUUAGUUUCAACUAUCGGAGUGUACAUUCCUGAUUAUAUAGUGAUUGACGCGAGAAUAUUAAGCGCCCCAUUAAGAUUACAAAAUUUAAAGAUAGACCCUGUCUCUAUCUUGUUAAGUGUUCAUACCUCUGUACGUUUAUAUGUGGCUUUAGAUCACUCUCCUUUAUAUUUUGGCACUUUUGAGAAGAAGAACAUUUUAACUACACCUUAUAGACUUGGCAAUGCUCUUACAAUGCAUUACUUGUCUGGUGCUAUAUUUGGAGCAGGUUGGGUGGUAGGAUCGUUAGAAAUAUUAGGUUCUCCUGGUAGCUUAGCACAAGCUCUUGGUUCAGGUCUUCGAGAUUUUAUUUCUCUUCCGUUUCAAGGCUUGUUACAAGGACCGUGGGGUUUCAUCGUUGGUAUAACACAUGGUUCUGCUAGUUUAAUGAGACAUGUCACAGCAGGUACGUUGAACUCUGUAACAAAACUCGCAUCAAGUGUAGCUCGAAAUUUAGAUCGUCUGACACUUGAUGAGGAACAUCUUCAACGGCAAGAAGAAUCCAGGAGAAUGCGCCCUCAAGGAAUGGCACAGGGACUAUACCAAGGCUUAACAGGGCUUGGAAUGAGUCUUCUUGCCGCAGUUGCGGGUUUGGCUCAUCAUCCUUUGCAACAAGUUUGGUCAGGGGAAAUAACAACCAAAAGUCUCGUGACUGGCGUUGGACUUGGACUUGUUGGAGUAGUGACUAAACCUCUAAGUGGAGCUGCUGAACUAGUUGCGUUGACAGGACAGGGAUUACUUCAAGGAGCCGGCUGGAAUUCUUUGCCUUCGCCUCGACAACGACCAGUGGUUCAAUACACUACCGGAAAUAAUAAUGCAACGAUUAGAUAUGCUUGGUGGUUGUUACCUUUACUUGAAAACAAUCAUGGGAAUAUUUUGCAUGUUACUAAUGCAGAUUACGUGAUCCAGCAAGGCAGUAGUCGUGCUAUAACAUUAGUUCUGACACGACAUGCAUUGUUGCUAGUUAAUGCAACUGAAGAUAACGUAGAACGGAUAUAUUUACUGAAAGAUUUAACAAACGCCGAUCACCAUUUGGAAUCAACAAUAUGUUUGUACUGCUCCCCUGAGACAACACAAACUAAUAGAUCUAUAUCUCCAGCACCGUACGAAAUGGAUCGAGAAAUGCGAGCACGAGUAGCAGAAUAUGUACGAACUAGCAGUACUGGUUUAGCUAGUGUUUCUACAAAUAGUGAUGUACAGUCCGAUAUAUUUGAGAACACCACUCCAAAUUCUGAUCGUACGCUUACAUUUUACGUUUCUCCAGAUUCACGCAACUAUUUAUUAUCGUUGUUUAACAUCGCUAAACGGCAAAGUCAAGGUAGCGGAUUUACAGUGUUAUAAUGAAUAAAAAUAGAACUAGAAUUAUUUUCUUCAUUCAGAAGAUGAGAUUUAUAAAAAAUGAAAAGUGAUAAAAUAGUAUUAUACCAUUUAAAAAUUAUUCGAGAAAUGCGAGACAAAACCGAAUUAUGCGAUACCCAUAUGUACAUAUUUAUAGUAACAUUUUUAAUUUUAUUCCGGGUAAUGGAUUUAAAUUUAUGAACAUUUUAUUUCGUAAAAAUAAUGUGCUGUAAUGUGUUGCACAGAGGAAAAAUAUGCACAAGAAGACAUUCUUACAAAGGAAAUGCUUUUUUUAAUUUUAUAUGAAAAUUUGUACUAUUAAAAAUUCUCUACAAACUUUAUUUAUUAAAGAAUGUAAUGUACAUAUCGUAGAAAAAUCACAAAACUAUGUAUACAAAUUUAAGUACAAUGGAUUCUUCAUUCUCACAUAUACAUAUUCUGCUGUGCAAGUUUUUCACAUAUUCAUUACAAAUAACAUAAAUAAAAUUUAUAUGACAAUUUGAUAAAUUUUUUGCAACUAAAACAUUACUCGUCAUUAUUCAUAUUAUUAAUAUUUAAUAUGUACAACUUAAAGUUCACAGGAUACGAUAAAAUGUAAAAAAAUUUUAUAUAUUUAUUAAAAAAAAUCAUAUUUUAUUUACAAUGUCACGUUGGUCGUCCAAUUAAUAAUCCACCAACAUAAAUGAUAUAAAGAAAUAAGAUAAUUUAUUCAUAAAUACGUUCUAUUUCGUUAUUCUUAUAAGGUGUACCACAAGAUGUACAUUCAUUAUUUUUCACUGAUGUUAAGACUUUUCUACAUAAGAUAUCCUUACAUGGGAGCUGAUAAAAAAUGCCAUUAGAGCAACAAGAACAAGUUAAUUUCAAUUUUGACUCAUUCUGUCUUUGAAUGUUAUUAAAACGUUUUAAAUUGGGUACUGCUAUAUUAAUGUCAAAAUCUGUUUCACUAUUAACAGUUAAGUCCAGUAUAUCAGUACAAUUAUUUUUUUGCUCUCCAUCUAGAUUUUUAGACAAAUGUGUGGUAGAAGUAUAAGAAUUGGCAGUUAUUUUUUUCUUUGCUGGUUUAAUUAAAGCAGCAGUUCGUUUUUGAGACAUUAUAACAACCGGCAAUUUAUGACAAAGUUUCUUUUCUGCUUUUACAGAACUUACUACAGAACAAUGAAACUUUGAUUUAAUGUUGUUUGAAGUUUUAAUUAUAUUUCUUUUUAACAAAUAAUUAGGAACUUCUGCUACCUUUUUAUUAGAUAGAUCACCAUCAGCAGACAAUUUACGGCCCAACACUCUUGGUAAUUUUUUAAUUGUCUCGUCAUUGCUAUUUUCAAGCAAAAAUUUGUCUAUUCUUAUUUUUAAAGCAUUUGCUAUAACUGGUUUACGAUUUUCACUAAAUGGCAAACCAGUAAAAGGAUCAGUCAAUGUUCUUCCCCAUAUUGCUUCAGUUUCUUCAUGUUUCAGUAACGUACUUUGAUCGAUUAUUUUUCCACUUGGCAAAAGAAUUGGUUGAGUCAUGAUUUCAUAAGUAAUAGCAUCUAAGAAACAUUCUGGAACUUGCAGAUUUGAUUCUAAUGUUUCUUUAUUAUCUGUAGUAUUAACAGAUGAACUGGUGCUUUCACAUUUCUCCACAGAUUCAGUUGAGCAAGAUUGUUCUUUAAACCACAAAGUAGAAAUAGUAGCUACAGUAUCUUUUCUACAACGUGGUGAUACGCUUCCCCAUACUUCAAUCUUACCUAAUGCAGGCACUGAAUUUUUCGUUUUACAUAUACAAAUUCUUAAACUAUUUGUGUAUGUUGUUAAGUACCGCAGAGAAGAUUUUAUAAAACAUUUUAAAAAAUUACUUGGAGUAGAAAUUGUUUCAUGAUUAAUACUUGAUGGACAGAAUAAUAAACCAGCGUCUGUGGAGUUUAAAAAUCCACUACCUAAUAAACUAUAAGGUAGAUUGGCAUUGUUGCUAGUCUUGGCGUACAAUUGAAAGCCUGAUGAUUUUUGAGAACCAACUUGUGGCCAAAUUAGAAUAUGGUUGAUGCACACGUUGCAUAAAAAAGUAAUGUCAAUAUUUAUGGGAGGCUUGAUACAAGCAUAUGCCAAAAAUCCUUUGUCAGAAUCAUUUAUUAAAUUAGUAAUUUCAUAUCCUUCUGUAUUAACAGCACUACAUUGAAUUUCUGGCUUUAAACGAGGAUCACAGAAGUUGAAAAGCAUUUUCUUUACUCUAAACACGCAUGAAACAACAUGCUUCGAAGGAAUUUUUAAUUUUCCACUAAUCGUGUAAAUCUAAUCUUUCCUUCGAAAAUAACUUAACCUUAACUACUGUCACAGUAAGGUUAGUAAGCGUCGAAACACGUCGAAUGCGUAAUGUGGACAAGCACGUGCACAAAAGAAUUUGCAAAUAAUCAAAUAAUAUCAUAAUCAAAAUGGAACAAAUUGUAAUAAAACAAGAGGUUGACGACAGUGUGAAAGAUGUAGAGACUGGCGAUAAUACAGAAAUUAAAUUUGAAGAAAAGUUGAAAUUCACAAGUCCCAUAGCUAAACCUAUAGCUCCAAAAAAAUUAACCAAAAAAAUUUAUAAAUGCAUCAAAAAAGAUUGGUUGUUUUUGCUGGAGAUGUAUUUCCAAUAGAAAUCAUGUGCCAUUUACCAAUUGUAUGUGAAGACAAGGACAUUCCAUAUUGCUUCACACCUUCGAAACAAGAUAUCGGUGCUGCUAUGGGUGUUAAAAGAGGCAGUCUUAUGGUACUUAUUAAGGAGCAUGAAGAAUACAAAGAGCUUUAUGAGGAAAUUAAGAAUACAAUGAUAACAUUAUCAGUGCCAUUAUAGGUGUGCAUUCAAUCAUUUGUAUCUUUUUCAAUUUUGUAAAGGUAGAAUGUAUUUUACAAUUUUGUAAAAAAUAGAAUAAAUCAAUUUAUUCUUUAAGGAAAGAAAAAUAUAUCAGAUAUUAUACAUUUUUUAAUUAUAGAAUAAAGUGUAAUGAAUUUAAAACAAAAAGGAAGAAAAAUAGAAAUUUUUUUAAUUUAA